GGUUGCGUGUUUGGCGUGGAAUUACCCUAUAGCAAAGGAAUAAUAAUGAACAGCUCAAACGAUGCCCGUUUUUGCAGCCAAUCAGCGAGUCUCUACGCCCCGCACGAUCUCCUCGAUAUGGCGCCGUCGCCAUCGGACUCGGGUAUUUCGGAGCUGGAAGCGGCACUGCGCGAUCGGGAUUCCGAGUUGGCGUAUCUUCGGCAAACGAUGGAGCACAAUGAGCAAGUAAUAUUCAAAGUUCAUCAGGACAAGGAAAAGCAUUGGGAGCAGGAGCUGAAUCGCCUCAAGGCGAUCCACGAGAGCCGUCUGCGAGCGGGUGCCCAGAAGGUGCACAAACUCGAGCAGCUGCUCAUGAUGCAAACCUUCCAACUGCGCCAGGACAAGAAGCGCCUCCAGGAGGACAUCAACCGGUUACACGCCGAGUUCAGCCUGGUCAAGGAGCACUCCGAGCAGCAGAAGAGCGAACUCUGCCACCUGAAGCUGUCCGAGAAGGAUCUACGGGAACAGAACUCGGACUUGUGCGACGAGAUCCAAAUGCUGCGACGGGUAGUUAGCGACCUUAAAGAACGUCUGGAGGAAAACGAGUGGAGUCUCUGCCAGAGGAAUGGCGAGGUGGCACUGAUGAAAACGCAGCUCAAGGAUGCUCAGGCAGAGGUAACGACUAAAGACCAGGAAAUCCUACAUCUACGCGCGGAUAUCAAGCUGCAAAAUUUCGAUGAUAUAAGUAUGAAAAAGUCUGAGAUCAAAAAGGAACUGGACGUUGAUCUGGAGAUCUCCCAGCUCAAUCGCAUCGUGAUCUUCAAGGAUCAGAUCAUCGUCGUGAUGAACAACGAGAUACAGAAGCUACGCAAGGAACUGUCGGACAUUUCGAUUAUGCGGGGCUACGAAGGGGUACCUCCCGGGCGUUAUUCACGCUACAAGAAGAAGCUCGAGCUUGUGGCGCAAAAGUUUGACGAAUUUGAGGGGAGCAAAAGCAGCAGCGAUAGCAACAACAAUCAAACCACCACUAGCAUCACCACCUCGAUUGAGGAGAAAGCCGUCCACCAGGAGGUCCCGGAGAAGGGACUGAAGAAAAAGUGCAGUGAUCUGAGUAGCACUGACAUUAUCAGAAAUUACUUCAACAAUAAGCUUGAGUUGAACAAGAAGCUCUUUCUGAACGCUCAGAUCUGCAACUACUCGGACGAGGACAAAUCGACCAUCAUUGAGAAUUAUAAUGCCAAAAAGCUGCCCGACAUCACGUUGGAUUUGAGCAGUAUCGUGACGGGGAACGGUGGUGUCAAAAAGCAGCGGUCGUUUCUCGCGGAUAAUUACAACCACAGUUCGUCGGAUGACGAUUACAAAUCCAUGACACCGACCAGGGAACACGAAACGGAGGAGGAAGUGUGCAGUCCGACGGAAGCUCCAGCGCCAGCGCCAGCCCGCGAAAGUGGUGAGGAAACCGAUGGAAUUGCCCGGCUAACACAGGAACUGCACGACGCCCGAGUGGGAUUCGAGCAGGAAAGACUCAAGUGGGCCGAAGAAAAGGAGAAGGUUCUUGUCUACCAGCGCCAGCUGCAGCAAAACUAUGUUGAUAUGUGCAAACGGACUGCGGGGCUGGAAGAGAAGCUCAAAACACUCGCCAAAGAGUGAAAUCGUUGGAUUUAAUCCCCUUCCGAAAGCACCAACACCAGAACUUGCCAGAACGGAUUCACGAGAAAGUAUGCAUUAUAUUAUUUUUAUUUAUUCCUGCAAGCUUUCGUAUAAGCAGAUUAGGGCAAAAUGUGAAAACAAUCCUUUUGAUGUUUUUCGGGAUCUGAUGUGGUAACACGGUACCAUACGAGCUAAUAGGUUUCAGCACGAGAGUGAACACGAGCAUUUGCAUAAUUCAUGUAAUUAUACCGAUUAUUAUUAACAUUUUUGUUGUGACUCGUUUCGCUUCGGAAGAUUGUUGAGGUGAGUGGAUUGACCUCUUGCCCCGUUAGAAGUUCUCUACUAUUAUUACUUUUCUAAUAUUCAUAUCGCAAAUGUUAUCUAGAGUGAGUUUAGGAUCAAUUUUAUUUUUGUCUCUAUUAUUAUUAUUGAUAUAUUGUACGAACAAGAAUAUUUUCCUUUACACGCAGAAGAACUUUCACCUUUUGCUGGUUUUUAUUUUCUUCGAAAUAUCCUUGCUUGCUUGGAUUUCUUGUUCGCAGCUCCAGAAUCCACCAGAUAUUAGAUUCGCCCCUAUUCAAUCCUCAAACUCAUACUCUUGCAACACUUGCUCUGGAUGCCGGGAAAGUGAAACCGUGGGUUGACUUUCGCCAGCUCCUCGUACUCCAUCACGAGCGUUUCCUCGAAGCCAACCUUGGCCGCGGGAACCUGCGACCCGAUGGCG